AUGGAUACUCCAAUCGAUAGGGAGCUUCGGUAUCACGCCGAGAAUGAGGAUUCAAAUCCAAAUUCGCCAGUCAAUCCACCGGCUUCAGCCAACAUAGCCCAUUCCCUACAGACAAUGACUUUAUUAAGAGAGUCUGACGUUCGCUUCCAGCCGAAUGUCAGCACAAUCCAGAUUCCGGAUUCCAGCUCGGACAAUCGAACUCAGAGGCUUACUGGAGCCAUAAAGACGAUUCUUGAAUGUAUUGGAGAGGAUGCUGGACGGGAAGGUCUUCGAGAUACCCCACAGCGAUAUGCGAAAGCAAUGCUUUACUUCACAAAGGGAUAUGGAGAGAGUAUCCACAGUGUGACCAAUGGUGCGAUUUUCAAUGAGAAUUACCAGGGCCUCGUUGUGGUGAAGGACAUUGACCUAUUCUCCCUGUGUGAGCACCACAUGAUCCCAUUUCUAGGAAAGGUCCACAUUGGGUAUAUCCCUAAUGGCCAGAUUAUUGGCCUAUCCAAAUUGCCCCGGAUAGUUGAGAUGCUGGCACACAGGCUUCAGGUGCAAGAACGCCUAACAGGGCAGAUUGGUCGAGCAAUCUUUGACUUGCUCCAGCCUCACGGGGUUGGUGUUGUCAUGGAAUGCUCCCACCUUUGUAUGCAGAUGCGUGGGGUGCAGAAGGUUGGGAGCAGCACAACAACCAGUUUUAUGUUAGGAUGUUUGGAAAUGAGUGCAAGUCACAGGGAGGAGUUCUUCUCAGCUCUCAAGAAAUAG